GCUUUACUGUGGCUCACACACUGUCGGCUCGAGCUGAGCAUGGACACACACUGCAGAGCAGGACCGGCCGAGAGCGCGCGCACAGCAAUUCUGUGAGCUGAUUGGCUGCUGCGAGAAACCCGCCCCCUACAGGUUCACUCCUGUAGAAUGUCCACUCUGGAGUCUCCAACCGCCCCCAGGAUGGCCAGAGAGGGGGACACCACCGCCCUGCUGGCCACACAGAGGAAGUCCUCUCCGCUCAGGUGUGAGGGGGAGCUGGGCAGUGUCGCCCCCUACAGCGCCGACGGGCUCGGUGCCGCCGGACACUUCCUGUCCCCCGCCUGUGUCCCGCCCCCCGAUGGCCUUCGCUCAUUCCUGCCCUACUCAGGGGUGAGUGCCGGGGCGAGUGUCGGAGUGAGUGCCGGGGCCAGUGCCGGGUCAGAUGGGGCAGAGGGGUUGGAGGGGUCUCGCUACUACAGCCCCGCCCUCCCUGCUCUCUCUGGCCCCGCCCCCACAUUCUCCCCGGCUGUCCGACUCCAGCUCAGCGGCAUGUACCCCCAGUACGAGGGUCCCGGCACCACCAGGGGGCGCGCUCAGGUGUACCUCUGUAACAGAGCGCUGUGGCUGAAGUUCCACCGACACCAGACCGAGAUGAUCAUCACCAAGCAGGGCAGGAGGAUGUUCCCGUUCCUGAGCUUCAGCAUGGCGGGUCUGAAUCUGGCGGCUCAUUAUAACGUUUACGUGGAAAUCGUUCUGGCCGAUCCCAAUCACUGGAGAUUCCAGGGAGGGAAAUGGGUCACCUGCGGAAAAGCCGACAACAACCUACAAGGAAAUAAAAUCUACGUUCAUCCGGAGUCUCCGAACACCGGAGCGCACUGGAUGAGGCAGGAAAUUUCCUUCGGUAAACUUAAACUGACCAAUAACAAAGGAGCAAACACCAGCAGCGGGCAGAUGAUAGUUCUGCAGUCGCUGCAUAAGUACCAGCCCAGGCUGCACAUCGUAGAGGUUCUGCAGGAUGGGGUGGACGACGGGAGGCGGGACCACAACUCCCAGAUCUUCGUAUUUCCCGAGAGCCAGUUCAUUGCCGUCACGGCCUACCAAAACACUGACAUCACCCAGCUGAAGAUCGACCACAACCCCUUCGCCAAGGGCUUCAGAGAUAACUACGAUUCGAUGUACACGACACCCGACGGCGACAGGCUGACCCCCUCGCCCACCGACUCCCCCCGCGCCCACCAGAUCGUGCCCAGCAGCCGCUACACCAUGCAGCCCUUCUUGCAGGAGCACCAGUUGGGGAAUCUUCCGCAGAGUCGCUUUUACAGCGGCGAGCGAGCCGUGCCCCAGACCCCCGGCGUGGAGGACUGCGGCGCCCCCCACCGGUGGCUGGUGACGCCGCAGGGCGGCUGCAGUAAGCUGGAACUGACCGCGUACGAGGGGGACUACUCUGGAGGGCUGCUGCCCACUUACACACUCAAGUCCCUGCAGGGGGCACACUCCCUGGGCUACUACUCCGACUCGGCCUUCACGUCGGUGGCGGCGGGUUGGGGCUCGAAGGUGGGCUAUCAGAAGAAGGUAACCCCCGGCCUUCCCUGGUCCCCCAGGCCCAGUCCCGGCGACUUCGUGGACAGUCAGCUGUCCGAUAAGGAUCGGGUCCGGGAGGAGGACCUGUGUCUGGCGCCUGCGUGGGCCGACACGGCGCCGUUCCUGAAGCCGCUGGAUGCUGAGUCCGGAGUCUAUUCCGUGGUCUGUAAGCGGAGGCGAAUGUCCAGUGCGGAAAACUCGCCCUCCAUUAAAUGCGAACAGUCCAGGGUAGCCGAGGCCUUCGGCAAAGAGACAAAGAGCAUGGGCUACUGUGCCUUCUAUAGCGCCACCUAAAAGACAUAUAUAUAUAUACAUAUAAUGUAUACACAAACACAUACAAUCACACUCGCUAAACUGUGAAUUAAUAAUAAAAUGAAAAUUUUCGGUGCAAUGUAAGCUGAUUAAAAACAGGACAUGACUGAACGGGGGUCUGGGGGCGGGUCCUAGGUUCUGAACUGGCCAAUAAAGGAAAAGAAAUGUAAAGUAAAACUUUUUUUUUGUAUUAACAUUACUCUAUUAUUCUAUGGAUUUUAAUUGUCAAUAAAUAAACUGUGUAACAGGACCCAAGGCGGUGUCCCAACUGCAUACUAUUUACUAUCUAAAUAUUAAUGUAAUAAUCAGGGGUUAGUACAUAAACAUUUAUUGUACUAACCUUCAAACCUGCACUAUUAGUAACAGUAUAUAUUCUAUACAUUACAAUGAUACUAAUAUGUAUUACACAAUUGGGAUGCAGCCCUAGAGACUAGCACACUAUUGGGACACAGCCCUAUACGACCAUUCCACCAACAGGUGUUCUCGCAUAAAAAAGACCUCUCUACAACCGAAAAAAAGGUUAUUUGACCUUUAUCAACAAUAGUGGAACUAUUUGUGGUGCUUCAUAGUACAUUCCUUUGGAUGUUUUAAUGAACUGUAAACUAGAGAUUUAUUAAAAGUAUAUAAUAAAAAUCCUUUAUAUCCUUUACUAGGGAACCACUGAAGGGUUCAAUACAAGACAUAAAACAGUGUGGAACCCUUUUUGGUGCUGCGCUGAACAAUUCAAAUGUGUUCACUUUAGGUUUUCCUAUUUAAGAUUUUUAAAUACCCAUAAACAAGACCACUUUAGACACAGUUCUAUAAUGACCCUGGUGGCCUCAGCAAAGCUUUCCCAACAUGUAGUAGAGACAGUUACUGCAACAAAAGCAGGAUACACUCUUUUUAAUACCUCUAAGUUGAGAAUUGUCCUAAUAAUUUGGUUUAUAGAGUACUGCACCAAAAAGAGUCCCACUACUGUAAGAAGUAAAGUUAAAGUACCCUUUUGUGUAGGACACUAUAUGGCAAAGGUCAUGGGACAUCAUGCUUGUAUCAGCCCUCACUACAGCUCCCAUAAUUCACCAGCACCCACUAUCAGCCCUUAUUUCAUCUUCAAUAAUUAUAAGAUAGCACCUCACCACUUAUACAGGUAUGAGCGCUCCGAAGCCCCAUGUCCCUUAUGGAACACAACAUUACCAUAAGUUUACAUACUGCUGUCCCAUGACCUUUGGCUAAGUGUACUAGGGUUCUUUAUUCCAUGUUUAUAUAAUGUAAUAACUCCUCCCUCAGACCCUACAAUAGCUAGAACUCUGUAUUAAACACAUGUUCUCCUCAAGUUAUAGGUGACGUACCGCUUCCUCCACAGGUGUUCAUUAGGGCGUGGUGUCAUGUGGACGUAUACAUUGUGAGCACUGCUAGGGGGUGGGGCUUGUGUAAGGGGGUGGAGCUUGAGUGUACUGUUUAUUCUAUGUAUAUAAUCUGCAUUAAUAGCAUCAAACAGAUGGGUUUUGUAUAUUUACAUGAAUAUUUGAAGUGCUAUAAAUAUAAUUAUAUAAUCUCGCUCUACAUGGUUUAAAGUGUUGUAAUAAUAAACUGAUUUCUGUUUUGAAAUAAACAAACUUCAACCAUAAUGCAUGCACAGUGUAUAUAUGUGACACAAUACGAAUAUAUGCCUUUGAUUGUGUGAAUUUCAUGACAUUAAGAACUUUCAUGCUCUGUAAUGGAGUUUGGGCGCCCUCUAGUAGCAAGUGGUGAACUGCAGAUAUAGAACUGAUUGAACAGCAAAUAUGGUGUCAGAUAAAUGUCUGAAGUUGCUCUUUUUGCUUGAG